UGGGCCCAUCUCCUUUCAAAUAUUGGGCUUGUCUCUGUUGCUCGCUAGGGCUUGGUCAGCCCUUAUGCUCGUUUGCUGCUAACUACUCUGCCAACUGGUGUUGUCUACGAAUCGAUUCAAUUUCUUCUGCAUAGCUGCCUUCACCUCCUCCGUUACAGCUAGCUAUUCAGUAGAGAUGAAGGUGCGAGCAUCGGUGAAGAAGAUGUGUGAGUUUUGUAAGACAGUCAAGCGUCGUGGAAGAGUAUAUGUUUUGUGCACGGCCAAUCCAAAGCACAAGCAACGGCAAGGCAUGUCGACAUUUGCGUAUGAUGGCAUUCCUUCAGCGUCCACACAGACCAGUGCCAGGCAGGAGGUUGUGCCUAGUCAUGGCUCUGGAGCUGGCUUGCUUUCUCUCAUCCCAAGAAAGCAUGAGCCAUCACUGAUGCCAGGAUGGAGGGCAGGCCUGGCAUCUCUGCUGUUCAAGCCAAGCAAUUAGCCCUUAGAACAUGGGACAGAUUUUGAAGUUCAUGAUAAAUUGAUAGCCUUUGUUGAAUACCUCUAUAACUUCAGCUUUCCCAUAAUAAGCACUACAUGUUCUGCUUCUUUUCAUUCUGUUUGCUCUUGUCAAUCACCAUAUUUCUCCCACCUUGUGAAAUCAUAUUUUGAUGGAAAAUUUGAAUUUCUAGUACAAAGAAGCAGCAGUUGAUUUCAGUGUGGGAAAUUGAGUUUUGGUUUG